GCCAUUCCGCAGCCAUAGCUCCAUCUUUUCCUGUAGCCGUGCCUGUAGCCAUCCUCCAGCUUCUUCCUUCAAAAUUCAAAAUGCUCUAGCUUUACCGCAGCAAGUAUGUACAUGCUUCUUAUUCGUUGUUGUUGUUGUUGUACCUCGCGUACAAAGGCAUCGUGCAGUCGUACCAUCAACACUGUAGAAGGUACAGUUUCCCUUCUCUAAUGUGCUACCGCAACGCAUCUGGAAAAAAAGGCGUCACAAAUGCGAUGAGCCUGGCUGAAAGUAUCACUGCCAAAACGGCAUCCCACGCCCCUUCCAUCGUCGUCGGUCAGGUCGAGGUGGGCACACAGUGCAGCUCGCAUGUGGCUGACAAGUCUGUUGGGUGCUCCUUCAGAGCAGGCAGCGAGUCGAGGAGCGUGCAGACUAAAGAGACCGUGGAUCAGUCAUGCUCCACUACAGCAUCGAGGCCUUCUAUUUCUCCAUCAACAGCCAACGGUGACAGUUCACAGCAGGGAUGCCUCCGCCAAGAUCACCCCUGUGACUAUGAGACUGACAAACUGUUUUGUCUGGAAGCACAUGCCAAUGUCCAUACUGGCGAGCAUCUGUUCAAGUGCCACUUGUGCCCUCGAAGCUUCUCAAGAAGAGACACCCUGAAGAGGCACUUGUGCAUCCACACAGCAUCGAGGCCUUCUAUUUCUCCAUCAACAGCCAACAGUGACAGUUCACAGCAGGGAUGCCUCCGUCAAGAUCAUCUCUGUGACAAUGAGGCUGCCAAACUGUUUCGUCUGGAAGCACAUGCUAGUGUCCAUACUGGCGAGCGUCCGUUUAAGUGCCAUUUGUGCCCUCAGAGCUUCUCAAAAAAGGACACCCUCAAGAGGCACUUGUGCGUCCACGCAGGCGAGCGACCAUUUCAAUGUCCUUCAUGCCUUCAGAGAUUCUCUCAAAGGUCCAAGGUCAAGGAACACCUGCGCACCCACACAGGCGAGAGGCCAUUUCAGUGCCCUUCAUGCCUUCAGAGCUUCUUACGAAAGACCCACCUGAAAGCCCACCUGCGCAUCCACACAGGUGAGAAACCAUGGCAGUGCCCUUCAUGCCUUCAGAGCUUCUCGCAUAAGUCCAGCUUGAACGGCCACCUGCGCACCCACACAGACGAGAAACCAUUUCAAUGCCCUUCAUGCUCUCGGAGCUUCUCGCGCAAGUCCAGUAUGAAAGACCACUUGCGCACCCACACAGGCGACAAGCCAUUUCAAUGCCCUUCAUGCCCUCAGAGCUUCGCACGAAAGACCAACCUGACAACCCACCUGAAAAUCCACUUGCGCACCCGCACAACUGAGAAGAACAGCAUAAUGCCCCCAACAGUGCCCCUUUGUACCCGUGGUCGUGGCCAACAGCUCUUUGGAAGUGUUCCUUCAAGCUGGACUUACGUGAGAAGUUCUGAAGACAUGAAGGGCAUUGAAAUGGCUUCUCACCUGUGUGGAUGCGCAGACGACCUCAUACUGAUGACGGAGGAUCCACACGAUUUGCAAGCUCUUCUUGACAUCUAUGCCAGCGAAAUGUCGAAGUUGGGCCGCCGCUUCAAUGUGCACAAGAUCACAACUAUCCAGCCUGCGGGCAAUGUGCAGCAUGGUGUGGCCCUGCGAUUGUGGGGUCAAAAAGCACAUGCUUCAUCGUUGUUGUUGUACAGUACCUCGCGUUCCAAGGCAUCCUGCAUUCGUACCACCACCACCAAUGGGGAAGGCCUCACAAAUGCAAUGAGCCUAGCUGAAAGUAUCGCUAGGCUCAUGGUAUGCCACACCCCUUCGGAGGCCAUCGGUCAGGUUGAGGUUGGCACGCAGUGCAGCUUCCCUCUGGCUGACAAGUCUGUUGGGUGCUGCUUCAGAGCAGGCAGCGAGUCAAGGAGCGUGCAGACCACAGAGGCUGUGGAUCAGUCAAGCUACCCCUCAGAAGCUCAGCGGAUGUUCAUAGCCAUGAUAAAGGGGUCAUCGCUACCCGCCACACUAGUUGUUAUCGACGCCUUGGCCACGCGGGAGAGCAUUGACGAGAAUCCCGAUGCAUCGAGGCCUUCUAUUUCUCCAUCAACAGCCAGUGGUGACAAUUCACAGCAGGGACGCCUCCGCCAAGAUCAUCUCUGUGACUAUGAGGCUGGUAAACUGUUUCGUCUGGAUCCUCAUUCGAGGACCCGCACUGGCGAGCGUCCGUUUAAGUGCAAUUUGUGCCCUAAGAGCUUCUUAAAAAGUGACCACCUAAAGAGGCACUUGUGCGUCCACACGGGUGAGCGGCCAUUUCUGUGUCCUUCAUGCCUUCAGAGCUUCACACGAAAGGCCAACCUAAAAGCCCACCUGCGCACCCACACAGGUGAGAAGCCUUGGCAGUGCCCUUCAUGCCCUCAAAGCUUCUCGCACAAGUCCAGUAUGAAAAGCCACUUACGCACCCACACAGGCGAGAAGCCAUUUCAAUGCCCUUUAUGCCCUCAAAGAUUCUCACAUAAGGUCAGCAUGAAAAGCCACUUGCGCACACACACAGGUGAAAAGCCAUGGCAGUGUCCUUCAUGCCUUCAGAGCUUCUCGCAUAAGUCCAGCAUGACAGAUCACCUGCGAAACCACACAAACGAAAAGCCAUUUCAAUGCCCUUCAUGCCCUCAGAGCUUCUCGCGCAAGUCCACCAUGCGGGGACACCUGCGCACCCACACAGGCGAGAAGCCAUUUCAAUGCUCUUCAUGCCUUCAGAGUUUCUCGCGAAAGACUGACCUGAAAACUCACCUGCGUACCCACACAGGUGAGAAGCCAUUUCAGUGCCCUUCAUGCCCUCGGAGCUUCUCACAAAUGACAAACCUGAAAGACCACCUGCGCACUCACACAGGUGAGAAGCCAUUUCAGUGCCCUUCAUGCCUUCAGAGCUUUGCAGUAAAGAGCAACCUGAAAGUCCACCUGCGCACCCAUACAGGUGAGAAGCCGUUUCAAUGCCCUUCAUGCCCUCAAAGCUUCUCGCAUAAGUCCAGCAUGAACAAACACUUGCGAAGCCACACAGAGGAGAAGCCAUUUCAAUGCACUUCAUGCCUUCAGAGCUUCUCGCAAAAGACCCACCUGAAAACCCACCUGCGCACCCACGCAGGUGAGAAACCGUGACGGUGCUCUUCAUGCUCUCAAAGCUUCUCGUAUAAGUCCAGCAUGAAGGAAUACUUGCGAACUGACAUAGACAAGAAGCCAUUUCAAUGCCCUCCAUGUCCUCGGAGCUUCUCGUACAAGUCCAACAUGAAGGAACACCUGCACAACCACACAGGCAAGAAGCCAUUUCAUCGCCCUUCAUGCAUUCAGAAAUUCUCACUGAAGAGUCCCAUGAAGCAACUCCUGAGCAUUCAUACAGGUGACCUAUCAUACCAUUGUGCCAUCAGCUCCAAGUCCUUUGCAGUUGCUGGUUAUUUGAGCAGACAUAAGAGGACACAGCACCGUGAUACAGUAGUGUAGGUGAACAGCUAUGUUGAACUAAAGUUACACUUAGGAAUCUAUAUAUAUAGAGAAUGCUACGGGGUGUUCUGCUGCAUCAAGUAGCACAUGUGUUCCUAUAUGCUCUUAAAAGGGCCCUGGAAUGCUUUUUUUGUGUCGCCAUAUUUGCUAUAGAUCUAUUCUCAGCAUGUCCUAAGACAAAGACCAAACGAGAAAUGAUGAAAAUUGACCCACACAAACACAUUAUCACUCAUAAAAAAUAAUUCAAGAUAUACAAAGAAAUCAAGAGUUAAUCUCAACCUCUGCUGGAACCUUAACUGCUCUAAAUUCCACAUUACACUUUGCCAUGACUUCACAUUCUGACAUCGACAAAUAGCAGCAGGGCGUUAGCAAAAGUCAGCACACCACAGUUUCUAGGUCUGUUCAUUGCGUACCCAUGGCCUCCAAGAUCUGGUGACUGAACGCACAUGGCAUACAUCCCAUCACAGAAAGGGCGGAUGCCAUUGUAGCCACGCCAGCACCAGAGAACAAGCAGCAGCUUCAUUCUUUAGUUGGAGCCGUAAACUACUACGUAAAUUCCUCCUUCGGCUGGCCACACUUGCCCAUCCCUUGUACACGCUACUGCAUAACAACCACAAAUGAGCGUGGACAAGUGCCCGCCGAAGGUCCUUUGACGACAUCGAAGCUGUGCUGGCGUCAACAGAGGUCCUAACCCACUUUGACCCACAAAGAAUGCUUCAAAUGGCUUGCACAUGUACUUUCAUUUUUGCUGCACCAUGCAGCAAUUAACUUUUUGCUACUUUUCUGCGUUCAUCUGCGGAUUCCUACGAUGCAAUAACUGCCGACGAAGGUGGGACGAUUUGGCCACGUGGAGCCUUUUGACUGUUCAUGAAGCGACUGGACUUGCUAUGACAAGCAGUUAUCGUUUCUCUGCAGACCACGUUCUUAGUUGUCGUUGAUGUUUCAUUCUAAAUGGCUAGAUGGCUGCAUUAUGAAAAACACAACGUACAAGUGAGCUAUUGAUCAUCUUUGCAAAAUGUUUUGCCAGUUUGGUUACCUGACGACAAUCGUAUCUGACAACGGACCACAGUUUACAUCAACAGAGUUCAAGACUUUUGUUGAAGAGAUAGGCGCACAUCAAGUCACAACAGCACCUAAUCACCCAAGUUUGAUUGGCUUGGCAGAAUGUUUUGUUCAGUCCCUAAAGACAGCAUUGAAGAAAGAAUCAAACAUGGGAAACCUGCAGGCCGACCUUCACUAUUUCUUACUAGCGUAAACUAAUACACUUCAUGCUACUACGAAGGAAGCACUUGCCUUCUUUAUUUUUGUUUACUGUCUUCGUUCCAAUCUGGACAUUCUCAAACCGGCAGUAGAACUAGUUCAGCACCAGCAAUAUCUUCAGUUUAGCCAACGGAGCUCGACGGCUCGACAGUUUUCUGUGGGAGACCAUGUCCUCGUUUCUAAAUUGCAGAAGGCCACUGAGAUGGCUUCUGAGUACUGUGGUACUGCAAAAUCGACCUGUUUAUUAUGCCGUCAUGGUACACACACUACGGGGCUUCGUAGUGUGGCAUCAUUGCCAAGAUCAGCUUCUCCUGGGUACAGCUGAUGUCUCCAAGUGCAAGCAGAACAAGGACACUUUCCGGGAGUUCUCAGACACACCCGCCGAGACGACUACGGCAGUGCGCAUUGGUUCAGAGGCUGCACCAUCUGUACAAAGAUAUCCUGUGCACUAUCGAUGACCACCAGAUUGUUACACGUCAUCUUAGUUUUGUACAACGGCAGCUCCCCACAAAUUGAGUUGGAAGAUAUGUCACGUGUGUGAUAACACCACCUGCCGUCAAUAGCAUCAGCAAGUCAAGCUUACAGGUAGUCACAUGACCCGACCAUGAUUCCAUAUAAGGCUGGCAAGUUUCUCUUCUGGCACUUGCACUUGUACACCCAUUCUUGCUGCAUCACGUAGCAAUAAACUGUUUGCUACUGCUCUACGUUCGCUUGCAUAUUCCUGCAACACUGAUGCCAUGGCCUUUUGGUGCCAAAGUGCUCGGCAUGAGAUGCAUAAUUCUCAUGAUUGCAACACCUUGCCCAUGGCUGUACGUUACCUUAAAUGGUUGUAAAAUGUAAUGCCACAGCUUUUAUCGUAGUACACCAAACCUUUUUGGGAAAGAAAAGAAACACUAGAAAACACAAUCUAACUGGAAAAACGCACCAUCUGAAGCCACUGAAACAUUUGGCAGGCUCAACUGUUGUUGACAUCUAGGCAUUGCGCAAACUGUUGCAGCAUGAAACAAUGACACAGGCUGAACUGGCAGGGCCUGGGGGGCUUGAGACGUGUGUUGUCUUUCUUGCUGCUUCGCAAGUUCUCGUUUGCAGUCUUCGAAUUCGACCUGGGUCAGCAUGAUCUGAAAUGCAUUUCAUUUUCUUUCAUUUUCAUUUAAACGGCUCACCGGUUCACCUAAAUCCACAACCUGUGGUAUGCAUAACGUGCUCUGAAAAAAAGAAAUACAAUUAUACAUGCAUUAGUAGAAUAGCACUCAUUAGUGAAAUAAGCGUGUUAUGGCAUUUCGACUAAUCUUGGUGACCGUUGGCAUAGACAGACCGUUGGCAUACGCUGGGGGGCGCAGUUAACUGCACACCUCACCCCCCAUGCACUUAACUGCAACACUUACUUUGUUUUAUCAAUGUGCUCAUUCACUGAGAGAGGUGAAAUCCGCACAGGAACUGUUGGGGGUUCUUGUUCUCGGACAGCUUUGAGUCGCGACAUCCCACAGCACAUGACUAAGCAGCACUAGGCAUGCGCGACACUGCCAUUAGGCAAUGAGCAGCAUGUACCUGAGGUGCACGCCAGCUAUCACUUCAGCCGACCUGUAGUUGUCUUCAGGUGACUGCUGGUCAUACACUCGUUUUCAUACGCUCCACUCGAUAGCAGCUUCAGGUUUCUUGCGCAUUAUCUGCAGACUGCAGUGGCCAACGAGAGCUCUUCCGUAUCACCUGUUUAUCACAGUGGACAGUUGUUCUUUUGCAGCACUCUUGUUACAAUGCGCUAAAACCUUGUCCACCUUUGCCAAUGCGAAAAGUCGAGCAUUUUCAAUUCGAGAAGCAAGGCACUAGUGAGCAAAUUGAAUUGCCUUUGCAAUGAAUUGAAUCUGCUGUUAUCAGUAGAACUCGUGCAUGGUGCUCACAGAGAAAUCUCACCACAAUGUCUUCACGUUCAUUGUCAUAAGGGUAGCCGUUGCGCAACAAAGCUUCCAGUGAAAAUCGACAUUUACACUGUUUCUAAUUCUGUUCACAGAAACCAGACGGUGCUGCCAGAAUCCUGCUGUACGCUUCCACCUAAUUUAUCACAUUGUUUGCAAAGGCAGUAAUAAAGCCAAGCCCGGAGAUGUUAUUUUAGUGCCCUUAGCUGUAUUAACACAUGUUUGCACAAAGUUUGCAAAGUAGGAGUAUUGGCCACAGUAACAACCAAAAUGGUGAUGCUUUCUCCAUGUUGACAACUACAAACAACAAAACUUCUUUAUUUUGGUUCACAGCAUACGUGGAAAACCCGGGAAGAUUGCGCUAAAGGUAUUUUGCAACAGCUGACCAAGGCCCAGCCUCUCCUUGGUAAUUCAGUCGCAUGCAGUUGCAGCAUAAGAUUUGCAAGCUGGUUUACAUAAUAUUUACUGGGACUAAGUGGAAUUCGAAUAUGUUGUUUGUCACAGCAUAAUAAUAAUACAAUCACCAACUUAUUUUUCGGGCACAUGAUAUUCCAGACCUGCUUGAAUGUUCGGACCCUGCCAUGGUACCGCAACAUGCUCCAUGGAGUCAGUGCGUAACGUCAACCAAAAUUUUGCAUGUUUCAAACUCUUCUCGUUUGAUUUUCCGGAGUAUUUCCCUCUUAAAAGCUAGCAAAAACACAAGCAACACCACCGUCAUAUUGUUUUUCUGCAGCCUCAAACCUGCAUUGCACACAUAUCGCAUGCGGAUUCAGUCCUGACGUUUCUGGUACAGCCUCGAUAGGAAGCACCGCUUGCUGCAACCGCCGCUCCCGCGAGGCUUCGUGCUGUCGGCUGUGGUUGCUGUUGGCUGUCGUUGCUGUUGGCUGUCAUUGCUGUGGGCAUUUGUCAAUUGUAUAUGGUCAUUUGUACUGUUUUAUCACCUUUAGUGCACAUUGUGGUUUGCUUCAGCUGCAUACUGCAAUGCUAGGCUCAACCGCUUCAACAACCAGUCGUCUGCGAUGGUUUCAUCGGCAGCUGCUACCAAUGGUGCCAACACUGCCUUUGUUGUCUACCUUCAACUUAAGAAAGUCUUCGAAGCAGCAAAAUUAUUGCAGAUUGUCGAUGGAAAAGAAGGCCACCAUUAUCAGGCAAGUGCAAAGUGGCCGGUCACAAGCUGACAUCGCAAAGGAAUUUGAAAUCUCGAAGCAGACAACUUCAGACUAUCUAGAAAACAAGGUGAAGAUUAUAGAAGCCGCCGAGGAAUCUGCUGGAUUGCGACAGAAGACUGUCAGCCAAGGUGCCCACCCAAAACUUGAAGCUAUUCUAAUGUGGCUGAAAGCCAUGAUCGGCAAGAAAGUGCCGGUGCCCGGUGAUGUUUUAAAUCAAAAGGCAGAAACCCUGGCGCUUCAGAUGAACAUUGAGUGAUGGCUCAGUGCAAUGUGUCAGUGUCAGAGUUGACAGUGUCCGAGGUGUCUUUGACACCGACCUCACUGCUCACCCAAAGCACACUGUCGUCGAUCGAGUCAUUCAUUGAUUUCAUGCAUGCUGAAUUAUAGCCACCAGUGUUCGCGCAGCUGCUGGACAUGGUGUAAACUGCAGCUGCAAACCUGAAGCUUCUACAAAAGCAUGUGCAGAUGUCUGACUAUUUCAGAGCGCCUAACACCUGGCAUGCUGUUUAGAGGUAUAAAUAAACCUUUUAUUUUUCACAGCCUA